AGUCGUGAUAAGAUGUAGAAUACCUUCAAAUAAGGAAGAAAAGUUGGAAUCAGAGCCGCUGGCAGCAGCUCCGGCCAAUCCUCCUUCCUCCGCCGACGGAACCCUAAUUACGUUAACCGCCGCCGCGCAUCGCUGCGAACCCUAGUUGAACUGCAGUAUCCCCACAUUUCUUGGAGGGAGGUGGUAGGAAAUCGAUCCACCUCGCUGUAUCCCGCUGGAGGUGGAAGAGGAGCUGGAGCGAUGACCGGAAAGGUUAUCCUGCCGGCGCCGGUGGUCAACGGCCGCUUGUUCACGGUGGGAUUGGUGAUCUCGUGGUACUCGUCCAACAUCGGCGUGCUUCUUCUGAACAAGUAUUUGUUGAGCAAUUACGGCUUCAGGUUUCCUAUCUUCCUGACUAUGUGCCACAUGACGGCAUGUUCGCUGCUCAGCUACGUCGCCAUCGCAUGGUUGAAGCUCGUUCCGAUGCAGGCCGUGAGAUCUCGUCUCCAGUUCGUCAAAAUCGCCACACUCAGCUUCGUAUUCUGCGGAUCUGUCGUCAGCGGAAACAUUUCACUGCGUUUUCUCCCGGUAUCCUUCAACCAAGCCGUCGGCGCCACUACGCCCUUCUUCACCGCGGUGUUCGCCUACAUCAUGACGGUGCGGCGGGAAGCGUGGAUUACCUACGUCACGUUGGUCCCCGUCGUUACCGGCGUUAUUAUAGCUAGCGGGGGAGAGCCAAGUUUUCACUUAUUUGGAUUCAUCAUGUGUAUUGGUGCUACUGCUGCAAGAGCACUGAAGUCAGUAUUACAAGGCAUUUUAUUAUCAUCCGAGGGGGAGAAACUGAACUCAAUGAAUCUUCUGCUAUAUAUGGCUCCAAUAGCCGUUGUCUUCUUGCUUCCUGCAACACUUUUUAUGGAGGAGAAUGUGGUGGGCAUUACACUUGCGCUUGCUAGAAAAGAUAUCAAAAUUAUUUGGUACCUCUUGUUUAACUCCUCCCUGGCAUAUUUUGUGAAUCUGACCAACUUUCUGGUUACCAAACACACCAGUGCUCUCACUCUUCAGGUUCUUGGGAAUGCCAAAGGCGCCGUAGCCGUUGUGAUCUCAAUUCUCAUUUUUCGGAAUCCGGUCUCUAUAACCGGCAUGCUCGGUUACACCCUAACGGUCAUCGGAGUUAUUCUCUACAGCGAAGCAAAGAAGCGCAACAAAAUGAGCAGCUGAUUUCUUACUGCCAGGUUUUAUUCCACUUCUGCUUCUUCAUUUUGUUCUUUUUCAGAUUUUUUCUUAUACAUAUAUAUAUUAUGAUCAAUCAGCAUUUAUCAUUAGAUUGCCAAUUCUUUGAGAUUAGUGUUAGCCCCCUUGUCGCUUAUAUAACUUCUACUUUU